AUGUGGUUACGUAAUCAGGUGCACCUGAUAAGGCUCUCGUCCGGCGGUACGGAAUUGAUCUGCGAAGGCUUGUUCUCGCAUCCGAACGAAAUAUGGGAUCUUGCGUCCUGUCCUUUCGAUCCGAGGAUUUUCUCUACUGUAUACUCUUCUGGGGAAACAUAUGGGGCAGCGGUAUGGCAAAUCCUAGAGCUGUAUGGUAAACUGAGUUCGCCUCAGCUGGAAAGUGUUGCUUCUCUUGAUGCACACACUUGCAGGAUUAGAAGUGUGCUCUGGUGGAAAACAGGAAGGCAUGACAAGCUAGUCAGUAUCGAUGAGCAAAAUCUCGUUCUCUGGAGCUUAGAUACUUCAAAACUGACUGCUCAGGUACAAUCAAAAGAAUCAGCCGGCAUGCAUCACAAUUUAAGUGGAGGAGCAUGGGAUCCUUAUGACUUCAAUAAUGUUUCUUUGACAUGUGAUUCAUCGGUUCAACUUUGGGAUUUGAGGACAAUGAAGAAGACUGAUUCAAUUGAGCAUGCCUACUCCCGCAAUGUCGACAUUGACACGAAAAAGAGGUACAUGCUUAAAGUUGAAGUUUCCAGUUGCAGAUCUUCCUGCGCAUUCACACUGACUGCUGGAAUUGACUCAGCUGUAAAUUUAUGGUUGGCCUCUCUACCGAGCAAUGAUGGUUCGGCCUCAGAUAGUUUGGUGGAGUCACCAGCCAAGGCAAUAAAGCAAUUGCUUCAUUCCUACAAUGACUAUGAAGAUGGUGUUUACAGUGAAUUGUCCGACCUAAUACAUCUUCCGACCCUUUGCAGCUCUGUUGCUGAACCGACCAUGAUUUGCUUUGUUCAAGUCUUACUUGGAGUUAUCGUGAACCAUGAAUAUUUGCUUCGAUGUCUUAUGAUGGAAGUAUGGUUGUGGAAUCAAUAA